AUGGUCAUUGGAAUGGACGGAUUUGGUCUCGGGUUCCGGGAAGACGAUCGCGACGACAGAUACCGUGAGGCACCACACUACGAGUUGCUGUGCUGCGCCGGCGAUUACGGGGGUGCUGCCGGCAGUAUCGAAGACCUCGGCUCGCCAGGGGUGUCGCCGCUUCCGGCUUACUACGAGCAAAGCUCGAUCACUUCCGGCACGGUGCAGAAAGGCCGACCGCGGAAGCGGAAGCUGUCGGAAGUCACCGGCUCCGAGCUUCCCGUCACGAUGAGACUGGCCGCUGGAGCGCUCGAACUGCUGCAUCCCACGGAGUUGUCCUCGUCGAUGGAGUCGCUGGCUGCGUACGACGCAUCCGUGGGCUCCCCGGGACCGGUGCACCAGAAUCAGCGAACGAAGCGUAUGCGUACCAGUUUCAAGCACCAUCAAUUGCGAACUAUGAAGAAUUACUUCGCGAUAAAUCAGAAUCCGGACGCCAAGGACCUCAAGCAACUCGCGCAGAAGACUGGUCUAUCGAAAAGGGUGCUGCAGGUAUGGUUUCAAAACGCGCGCGCGAAAUGGCGACGGAACCUGAUGCGACAGGACAGUAGCAACGCCGGUAGCAACGUCGGCUGUUCCGGAACGACGGUGUCCUCCAGCACCGGCAAUUCUCCGACUGUCGGACCGGCAGCCAGCAUACUCGGCGACAGUAACAGCAUGCCCUCGACCUCGAUGGAGGAGUUACACGCCCUUCAUCAUCUGCAUUCAGGCGUUUCCUCUCAGGUCUCCUUUUCCGAUCUCUACUGA